AUGACCAUCGACACCGAAAAGCGUUUGCCUGACUCGGAGGAUGUGCCUUCUCCUGCUGAGGGCCGUACGGGCUCCCUCGUCAUUGGUACUGUCGACGAUAUCCAGGUGCUCGACAAGCUUGGCUAUAAGCCUGAGCUGAAUCGGAAUCGUUCCAUGUUCACCUUGCUAUUUCAAUCGCUCGCAAUAGCAGCAAUUCCUUACGGCGAGGGCGCACCCAUACUGAGUGCUAUAUAUGGCGGUGGUCCUCUUUCAAUCUUCGUCGGCUGGCUCAUGGUAUUGGUGCUGGAUGAAUGUGUCGCAGUAUCCCUCGGCGAGCUCGCGUCAAAGUAUCCAACAAGCGCUGGUCCUUACUAUUGGUCAUUUCAGCUGGCCACGAAGGGGAAAACGGUGCUUUCGUUCAUAACAGGAUGGACUUGGCUGAUAGGCAAUUGGACCAUCACUCUCUCGGUCAACUUUGGAUUCGCGUCACUCAUUCUGGGUUGUGUGGCGAUGUAUCAUCCGGAGUGGGUUGCAAGCAACUGGCAGUUGCUCUUGAUCUUCUAUGCCAUCUGCAUGAUGACAUUUGUGAUUGUUGCUUUUGGCAAUAAAUAUCUGCCAAUGGUGGAUACCAUAUGCGCUGGAUGGACCGCCCUUAGCAUCUUAAUCAUCCUUAUCGCGCUCUCAGUAAAGGCAUCAACAGGACGACACAGUGCAGGAUAUGCACUAGGCCAUUACGACCAAUCUUUCUCAGGUUGGGGAGGAUUCACCUUUUUCAUCGGUCUUCUGCCGGCGGCAUACACCUUUUCAGCGAUUGGAAUGAUCUCGGCUAUGGCUGAAGAAUGCCAGAACCCCUCAAUCAAGGUACCCCGAGCUAUCGCACUUUGCGUUCCAGUUGGAGGGUUGGCUGGAUUGUUCUUUAUCCUGCCAAUCUGCUUCACUUUACCUCCUCUAGAAGACAUUCUGUUGGCACCAUACGGUCAAGCUUUGCCUUAUAUCUUCUAUCGGGUUAUGGGCACACCAGGAGGUGGAAUGGGCCUCAUGUUCCUGGUCCUUGGAAUCACUUUGUUUUGCAGCGUGAGCAUCACGGUGGCCGCCUCGCGUUGUACCUGGGCAUUCGCUCGAGAUGAUGCCAUUCCCGGAGCUCGACUCUUCUCGAAAGUCAAUCAAACGUUGGGAGUGCCGAUUUGGGCGCUCACGCUGACAACAGUCGUGCAGAUGCUUCUUGGAUUAAUCUAUCUUGGCUCCACGAGUGCCUUCACUGCAUUUAUCUCGGUUGGCGUAAUGGGCCUGGCAGUCAGUUACGCCAUUCCAAUAGGAAUUAGUCUGUGGCAUCGACGAAAGGAGGUGUCUACCGCACCAUGGAACGCCGGAAACACGAUCGGAUAUGCCGUCAACAUAGUCGCAAUUCUGUGGAUUAUGUUCGAAAUGGUCAUUUUCAGCAUGCCCGUGGCUCUCCCUGUCACAGAAGUCACCAUGAACUAUGCCAGUGUAGUUUUUGUUGGUUUCAUGACCAUUAGCGCCGCGUGGUAUGUGGUCUAUGCAAGAAAGGUAUAUAAGGGUCCUCCAGAGUCGGAUGGUAUUGCUGCUUGA